AUGGAAGACAAAGAGAAGAAAGCUCAUCGUCCACGUCAAGCUGGUUCCAAAAAAGAUAAGAAAGAUAAAAAGGAUAAAAAAAAGAAACCCCAAGAAAAAAACAAUCCAAAGGCGUUUGCUCCUUUCUCUGGGAAAAAAGCUGACAAACUUGCUCGUCGUAAACAAGAGCUUCUCCAAAAGAAACUUCAUGUUCCACUCGUAGAUAGAACACCUAUAGAACCACCACCUAUUGUGGUUGCUAUUGUUGGCCCACCACAGACUGGUAAAACUACUUUGAUAAAAUCACUGGUAAAAAGAUACACUAAACAUAAUCUUACAGAAGUUAAAGGACCAAUUACAGUUGUUAGUGCUAAAAUAGCUGAUUUAGUGCUACUUUUAAUUGAUGCAAGUUUUGGUUUUGAAAUGGAAACAUUUGAAUUUCUUAAUAUUUUACAAGCUCAUGGAUUUCCUAAAAUAAUAGGUGUUCUGACACAUUUGGACAAAUUUAAAAAUAACAAAGUUUUAAAAAAUACCAAAAAAAGAUUAAAACAUCGUUUCUGGACAGAAAUUUAUCAAGGAGCAAAGCUUUUUUAUCUGACUGGUAUAAUAAAUGGCCGAUAUUCUAAUAACGAGAUACAAAAUCUUUCAAGAUUCAUUUCUAUUAUGAGGUUUCGUCCGCUGAUUUGGAGGAAUACUCGUCCAUAUUUGGUGGCUGAUAUGUAA